AUGCGUUAUACCAUCGCCGCUGUUGCCCUCUUCGCCGCCUCUGCCGUUGCCCAGAGCAUUCCUUCAUGUGCCAUGGGUUGCGUUGCCUCGCCAUCAACCUUGGGUGGUUGCGAUCAGAACGACAUGAAGUGUCUUUGCGGGAGCAAGGAGUUCAUCGCAGCCACCACGACCUGCCUCAACACAGCUUGUCCUGCUGACGAACUUGAGGCCGCUCGUGGUGUUGCUAUCUCUCUUUGCCAGGCUGCCGGUAUUACUCUCGAUCUCCCCGAGUCUGCUGCAGCUUCUUCUGGUGCUUCGACCGCAGCUGCUGCCAGCGCCACCGUACCAACCUCAUCAUCCGCUGCUGCCGCCGCUGCUACCAGCAACGCCGCCGCCUCAGUCGGUGCCAACGCAUUUGCUGGAAUCGCCGCGCUCGGCCUUGCCGCCCUCGCUCUAUAG